UCCGGGGAUAGAGCACUAGCUUGGAUGACUGGGGCCGUGCAGCCGCCUCCUCUCUCUCACUGUGUGCACGGGCAACAUGGCGGAGCACGCAGGGCUCUAGCAGCAGCAGCAUUACUACAUCAUCUCCGAGCCCAGAGAGCGAGGGGCAGCAAUGUGGCUGCGGUGAUCCCUAAGGAUCUGCUGCUUCCUGUAUGGUCUGGGGCUUUCCCGGGAUGAUCCCACUCUCUCGUGCAUAGAUUUUACACAACACACUGUAGGCAGAAAAAAUAAUUUUUCCAACAAUAUUACUGGCUCUCACUCCCCUGGAACCCUUAUUCCUCUUCAUUGCACAGGAUUCCUCUGUUAUAGGACCGGAUUACUAUAUAAUACCACUCACUAGGAUCACUGAAUCCCUUUCCCCAGGACCGGAUCCCCAGAUCCUCCAGCGGGUGAAAAGAACGUGGCCAUCAGAGGGGGAUUUAUGGAAUCCAGAAGCCGUGAAGAUUGACAGCUGACACACUUGUCCUUAUAUGACAGCCAUGGAGUCCUGGUUACUGGUGCUUCUGCUGAGCAGUCGGUUGCUGUUCCUGGAUGCAAAUAAUGACACCAUAGUCGCCCCUACAACCGGAGUCCAUAUUACACCCACGCCAACACAUCAGAUACCUGAUAUAGAAGUAAGCAAUGAGACCAGCUCGGAGGAUGUUAAUUCAACCUCAUCUACACCUUUCACAACCACAGCAGCGGUGAUCAUUGCACCUACAACCAAUGUAACCAUCAUGGAUUCCACAUUCAUGCCCAAUGGCUCUGAGUUCAGUAACAUCACAGAUUUUAUGAACAUGACUUCAUCUCCAACAACUGUUGAGGUCACCACUGCUGCCAGCUCCCCAACUGUGCCCAUCGUCGAGGAGGUGACUACAGUCGGAGAUGUCCCUGGGAUUCCUUCAACAACGCCCUCAGCAACUGACAGCUUCACUGCUACAGAUGCAACAACAGAAGGGCAAGAUGAGACUCCAAUCAUAGCAGUUAUGGUGGCGCUGUCUUCUCUGCUAGUCAUUGUGUUCAUCAUCAUUGUGCUGUACAUGUUAAGGUUUAAGAAAUACAAACAGGCCGGCAGUCACUCCAAUUCCUUCCGAUUGUCUAAUGGCCGAGCUGAUGAUACAGAGCCUCAGAGCAUGCCCCUCCUGGCCAGGUCUCCCAGCACAAACCGGAAGUACCCGCCGCUGAAUGUUGACAAGCUGGAGGAGGAGAUUAACAGGCGGAUGGCUGACGACAACAAGCUGUUCAGGGAAGAAUUCAAUGCUUUACCUGCAUGCCCCAUUCAAGCUACAUGUGAGGCCGCAUCCAAAGAAGAGAAUAAAGAGAAGAACAGAUAUGUCAAUAUAUUACCUUAUGAUCAUUCCAGACUUCACUUGACAUCAAUAGAGGGCGUGCCAGAUUCCGAUUACAUAAACGCUUCGUUUAUCAAUGGAUACCAAGAGAAAAACAAGUUUAUUGCUGCACAAGGACCAAAAGAAGAAACUGUGAAUGAUUUUUGGAGGAUGAUCUGGGAACAAAACACAGCUACUAUAGUGAUGGUAACAAACUUGAAAGAACGGAAAGAGUGUAAAUGUGCUCAGUACUGGCCGGACCAAGGCUGCUGGACCUACGGGAAUAUCCGCGUAUCCGUGGAGGAUAUGACUGUCCUGGUGGAUUACACAGUGCGCAAAUUCUGCAUCCAGCAGGUUGGGGAUGUUACCAACAAGAAACCUCAGAGGCUUGUCACUCAGUUCCACUUCACCAGCUGGCCUGACUUUGGAGUGCCCUUUACCCCCAUUGGGAUGCUGAAAUUCCUGAAGAAGGUGAAAACCUGCAAUCCCCAGUAUGCUGGAGCUAUAGUGGUACACUGCAGUGCGGGUGUUGGUCGAACAGGAACAUUCAUUGUAAUAGACGCUAUGUUGGACAUGAUGAAUGCGGAGAAGAAGGUUGAUGUAUAUGGUUUUGUCAGCCGGAUCCGAGCCCAGCGAUGUCAGAUGGUACAAACUGAUAUGCAGUACGUAUUCAUUUACCAAGCACUGCUGGAACAUUAUCUGUAUGGGGACACAGAGCUGGAGGUCACGUCACUAGAAACCCAUCUACAGAAAUUGUACAAUAAAAUUCUUGGGCCCAGCACCAAUGGGUUGGAAGAAGAGUUUAAGAAACUAACAUCCAUUAAAAUCCAGAAUGAUAAAAUGAGGACAGGUAAUCUUCCCGCCAACAUGAAGAAAAACCGCGUCCUUCAAAUUAUUCCAUAUGAAUUCAACAGAGUAAUCAUUCCAGUGAAACGAGGGGAAGAGAACACAGAUUAUGUAAAUGCCUCAUUUAUUGAUGGCUAUCGACAAAAGGACUCUUAUAUUGCCAGUCAGGGUCCUUUGCGACAUACGAAUGAGGAUUUCUGGAGGAUGAUCUGGGAAUGGAAAUCGUGCUCCAUAGUUAUGUUAACUGAGCUGGAGGAGCGAGGGCAGGAGAAAUGUGCACAGUAUUGGCCUUCUGAGGGGACCAUGUCCUUUGGGGACAUAACUAUAGAGCUAAAGAAGGAAGAGGAGUGUGAGAGCUACACAGUGAGGGACCUCCUAGUCUCCAAUACCAGGGAAAAUAAGGCUCGGCAAAUCAGGCAGUUCCAUUUUCACGGAUGGCCUGAAGUUGGGAUCCCCACGGACGGGAAAGGAAUGAUUAAUAUAAUUGCUGCGGUACAGAAACAGCAGCAGCAGUCUGGGAACCAUCCUAUAACUGUGCACUGCAGCGCCGGAGCCGGGAGAACAGGAACAUUCUGUGCUCUUAGCACUGUAUUAGAACGAGUAAAAGCAGAAGGGAUCCUGGACGUCUUUCAAACAGUGAAAAGCUUGAGGUUGCAGAGGCCACAUAUGGUCCAGACACUGGAACAGUAUGAAUUCUGCUACAGAGUGGUGCAAGAAUACAUUGACGCCUUCUCAGAUUACGCCAACUUCAAGUGAAAACUGAAUAAAGGACGCAACAGUGGCCUUCUUUAAUAUUUUGUAAUCUAUUUGUUAAUAUAUCUAGAUCAGUGUAUAUAUCUUAACUGUUUUAGACAAUUGGUACAUUGUGCUUUUCAUUAGCUGGAGAUUUUAUAUGUAGCAAAGUGAUUAGUGCAGGUAGACAAUUUUUUUUAAUUUUUUUUUUUAUUAUUUGGAUAAAAUAGCUUGAUGUUUGGAUUAAUAUUUUAAAGGCAUCUCCCUCUUAAUUAAUUUGAAAUUGAAUUCUGCUUAUAUUUUCCAAUAGGGCGAGUAAAAGCCUUUGGAAACUGUUCUAGAUUUUUCUAUAAAAGCACAGCAGAGCGGCGUAAUUGUGUUAUUGGGUGCCGUUCCAGUCGCUUCAAGUGAUUUUAUUCUGUAAAUAAAUAUAUAAAUAGAAAAUAUAUCAGAUUUUUGUAUUAAAUAAGUCUUGUAAUUAUUUACUACCAAGCUACUGGUGGAGCCAGCAUUGUUUAGACUUUCCGCCAGUGGGAGGUGACAAUUUGUCAGGCUAUUGAGAAAGGUUUCACUGUCCCUGCUUCAAACACAAUAUGCAGGAUUAUCCUACAAUGCUAAGAAGCUUUACAUUUCAAGCCCUGUGAACGUUCAGUUCUUGUCUGCUUUGACUGUGCCUGACCAGCUUUUCUGUUCAAACAUUUGAGUGCUGCUAGAACACAGUAAAUGCAUUACAAGUUG